UAGAACAAUUGACUUGUGGAAGCUGUGAGCAGGAUGCAAGUUAAAAUAUUGGUCAAAUGAGAUUUGUGAGAUCUAGGAAGUCUUAUAUUUUUAUCAGCUUCGGCCUUAUAAUAGCUCUUUUUCUUUUUACACACUGGAGAUCAUACAAAAUUCUUGUUGAAAAAAGUCACGAAGAAAGAGUGACACAUGCUAAAGACAAUAAGCUUGGAAGUCAUGAUCAGCUGAGCGGGAAGAUGACCCAGCAAAACUGCUCACCGGAAAGUGGCUUGCAAACAUCCGCCCACUGCAGAAAGAAAGGUAUUCUUGGGGUGGCACCCUCAAAUUUAUCAAGUUAUAAGCCUAACUUAAUGGGCCUCUUUGCAUGUUUGUCUGGAGAACUGAGCAUCAGUUGGACAUCUGUUAACGAUGAUUACUGUGAUUGUCCAGAUGGUAGUGAUGAACCAGGCACAGGAGCAUGUCCAAAUACAAGAUUCUACUGCGCUGGCGGAGAACAUUACUUGCCCUCUUCUCGUAUCAAUGAUGGAAUAUGUGACUGUUGUGAUGGAUCUGAUGAGUGGAAGAAAUUGACAGUCAGAGAAGAUGUGUUACAGAAACAUAACUUUGAUAUGAAAUAUGUGCCCUGUCAAAACUUCUGUUGAUGGUUGUUUUACCACACAGUAGAUAUUUGAAAGUUCAUUUAAAAGUUCUUUUCUAGGAUAACAUAGGCUGUAGUUCAACAUCCAAAUGAUGAUAAUUUAACUGUUUCUCUCUGUAACAGUUAAAGUGCUGUCUUCACAAUGCUGACCUUCAGCUUGACAUAGAUGAGCUUACAGACAGAAAAUUGAUCACACCUUUAAAAAAAAUCUGCGAUAGCAAACAAAUUUCAUGUUAAAGAAUACUUCUAGAAGAGAAAACUGGGCUUAGUGCAACCUCUAGAGAAACUGGCUGACAAAAGUCAAUAUGCUUAAAAAUAACUAGAGUUAAAUACAAGAGGACUGCAUAACUGGGUAUGGUAAGAAUCGUGCAAAAGUGAAGGGGUAACUGACAAGAAACAACCAUAAACUGAAACAAGAACACUAACAAGGAGUUAUGAGAAAAGGAAAGAAAAUACUGAGAAGCACAAAAUUCUGUUUACAAUUAGAAAGCACUUAGAUCUUACACCCUCCUUCAUGAGUGGUCAUUGUAAUGGAACUAGGCAAGCAAAUGUCAUCCUUUCAAAAUAUCACAUAUCCAUAAAAUUUGUCAACCAUUAAACCCAACCUUCAGUAUGCAAAUUCUUAAUACUAUUUGACAAACAUUUCCUUAGGUCAUGUCUAGGAGGAUUUGGUCUGUCUAACAGUCAAUAGUAUUUCUAUAUGGUGGUUAUUUUCCUCUAUUAUUGUGACUUUAGUUGUGAUUCAAGGGUGAUAUAGUAAGGAGUUAUUGGUUGCAAAUCACUUUUAGAGGUCCAAAAGUUUAGGAAGCAUAAAAUGCACCAGGCAUCCCGACCAGACUCUGAAAAACAGCAUUAUGUGAACCUAAACAUACAGUUCACUGGAUGAUGCCAAAUUUUCAGUUCACUGGGAGUACUAGGGGCAUUCACAAGCUAGACUUCAUUUAUUUGUACUAGGGUUGUAAAUUUGUAAUUGCUUGUUCAGCAGAUCUCUAAAUGCAAUGAAAAUUCGUGACCCGUGAAAAUUCUGGGGUUAUCAUAAUGACGCUGGUAGUGUUAAAAUAUUCAUGCCCCCAGCACGACUCUGAACAUCUUUUGCCAAGCAUUAUGUUCCAAGUGGAUUGAACAUCUGUUAUGGUAACAUGUCUUCAGUUUAAGCGAGCUGAAUACUUCUGUACAACAUGUUUUUGGAGAGAGUACACUUAAUAAAAAGUAUUAUUAAGUAAAGAUGAAUUUUUAAGUA